AACAUCCAAAAAGUUAUUUUUCAAUCCUCAAUCACUUUGUUAUCUACUUCUACUUUUCAAGUUUAGUUAUCCUUGCUCCAUUUUCUAUUCUUCUCCAACAAAUUAGGGUAUUAGAGCCAGGUUCGAUUGGUGUUCUUGUGAAGUUGAGACCAUUGCUGAAGCGAGGGGAUCUCAGAAGCUGUAGCUAUUUUCAUCAUGGCCAACAAUUCAAAUUCAUUGAAUUUGUCCCAAUCCUUGGUGCCCAUAUUCAAUGGAGAGCUAUGUUUUUUGGAGUAUUAAAAUGAAGACUUUCUUUGUCUCACAAGAUUUGUGGGAUCUUGUGGAGAAUGGGUUUGCUAAAACCGAGAAGUCACUAGAAGCAGAAGUGAAGGAUCUUCGGAAGAAGGACGCAAAUGCAUUGCUUGUAUUGCAGCAAGCGGAGUUCUAUGGAGAUGACAAGAUAACAAUUGUGAAACUUCAAACUUUGUGUAAAGAAUUUGAAAACUUAUGCAUGAAAGGAAGUGAGUCAAUUCAAGAUUUCAUUAGCAAAGUUUAUGUCAUUAUUAAUCAAUUGAAAAUUUAUGGUGAUCAAGUUGAUGAUCGUAAGGUUGUUGAGAAGGUUUUGAGGUGUCUACCAUCUAAGUUCGAUCAUGUUGUAGUUGUUAUUGAAGAGUCAAACGAUUUCUCUAUUUAUUCUCUUAAUCAAUUGAUGGGCUCACUUUUAGCACAUGAAGAGAGAAUAAAAAGGUUUGCAGAGAAAAACAUGGAGCAAGCCUUUCAAACAAAGGUAGAGAUCUCUAGCCAAGCAAAAAAUUAUCACAGAGGCUCGACUAGUAGAGGAAAAGGUAGAGAAGGCUACUGUGGCCUUGGACGAGGGCAAGGGGGAUUAAGCUCAACUCGGCAAAAGUACGAGAAUGAAGAAAGAGACAACCAGAAGCAGAAUUAUAAGGGGAGGCAGUGCCAUUUUUGCAAGAAACAUGGGCACAUCGAGGUAAAUUGUUGGGAGAAGGCAAAGCAACAAGCAAACUUUGUUGAAGAAAAAGAAGUUGAAGAGAACUUGUUCCUCACCUAUUUAAUUCCAAAUGUUAGCAAUUUUGACUUGUGGUUUCUUGAUAGUGGAUGUAGUAAUCAUAUGAUAGGUGUUAGAAGCCUUUUUCGGAAUAUCGAUGAGACAGUGAAGUUGAAAGUUCGGCUUGGAGACAAGAAGCAAGUGCAAAUUGAAGGCAAGGGAACAAUUGCAAUAAGAACCAAGUCAGGUUGUGUUUACGGGAAGCAGCACAGAAAUGCAUUUCCAAUUGGGAAAGCAUGGAGAGUAAAGGAGCCUUUGGAAACUCUAGAGCAGAACGAGGUUGCUGAAAGAAAGAAUAGAACAGUUGUGGAGAUGGCAAGGAGCAUGUUGAAUGAGAAGAAACUUCCACAAAUCUUCUGGGCUGAAGCUGUUGCUACUGCUGUUCAUAUUCUCAACAUUUCUCCAACAAAGGCAGUGCAUAAUGGAAAUGGAAGCCCAAUGAAGGAAAAACCUUGGUAUCAAGUUUAUGACCCAGAUAGUUAUGCACUUCUGGUGGCAGAACCUACUUGCUAUGAUGAGGCAUAUGGAAAACAGGAAUGGGAAAAUUCCAUGAAGGAGGAGAUAGGUUCCAUUGAGAAGAACAACACUUGGGAGCUUGUAGAUAAACCAGAAAGGAAGACUCCAAUUGGUGUGAAGUGGGUCUAUCGAGUGAAGUAUAAAACAAAUGGGAGUGUGCAAAAAUACAAGUCAAGACUUGUGGCCAAAGGCUAUGUGCAGAAACAUGGUAUUGAUUUCCUUGAAACUUUUUUUCUUGUUGCUAGAUUUGAGACUGUUAGAUUGGUGAUAGCAUUAGCAGCUCAAAUGAAAUGGAAGAUUUUUAAGUUUGAUGUUAAAUCUGCUUUCUUGAAUGGUUGGUUGGAAGAAGAUGUCUAUGUUGAGCAGCCCGAAGGAUUCAUUGUUCGAGGCAAAGAAGAACAGAAUUGCAAGAUGUCUACUACUCCUAUGAAUACAAAUGAGAAGUUGACAGUAGAUGAUGGAACUCCAAGAGCUAAUGAGAAGUAUUUUAGAAGUAUGGUUGGCGGAUUAAUUUAUCUGACUCACACUAGACCUGAUAUCAUGUUCUCAGUUAGCUUGGUUUCAAGGUUCAUGUAUAAUCCCUCUGUGCAUCAUCUUGGAACAACAAAACGAAUUCUUCGUUACAUCCGAGCAACAAGCAACUUUGGAAUUUGGUAUAAGUCAGUGCCUAACUUUAAAUUGCUUGGUUUUAUUGACAGUGAUUGGGCAGUCAACCCUUGGCCUCCUCUCUCUCUUCUGCGGCCCGACCAUGCCCAGAUCCCCUUGCUCUGCGCCCCCUGCUGCGCUGACCUUGCUGCUGCGUCGACCCUGCUGCUGUGCCUUUGUCCCUGCGCCUGCACCGAGCCUGCGCCCCUGCUUGCUGCGCCAAUCCUGCUCCUACGCCCCUGCACCUCGCUUGCUGUACUAAGCUUGCACUGCGCCCCCUGCUUGCUGCGAUCCUUUGCACCCCACUGCAGCUCAAUCCCGUGCCUGCUUUAUCCAGAGGCCUGCACAAGAAACAAGAAAAAAAGAAGAAAAAAAGCUUUCAAUCCUCUGCUUUUCCCUGCAGAAACCAGAGGCUAUCCAUCUUGGCAUUUUGCCAUCAAGGGUGAGGAUUUAGGAGGGCAAAUCUCAAUGGUGUAGAUGGAUAGAGGGUAAAAAAAUUCUAGGGUUUUAGUUCUUGUUGUAUAAAUAGAAGUUCGAAAA